CUACUUUCCUACUUUCCCAACUACAAAUGAUCCCUUUGGCCGCCAUGGCACCCCGCUGGCGGGCGACCUUGCGCCGACACUUCUCGGACUUGACGUCGCCCUGGCAGAUCCUCCGCCGCUGGAAGGAGGAGGGCAAAGCCGCAGCAGACCACGUCGGGGCUUUGUACAACCUUGGCCGGAUCACUCGAGGGCGAGGCACCAGUGAGAGUAAGGCGUGGAAGACGCUUCGGAGAUCGGCGAUGGCCAUUCCGUGGCCUGGAAAGGAGCGAUGACCUGAUGGGUGUUUCCAAACGGAACUGCCAGCCCAAACAGCGGCCAACCGGUUUUCAGGCCCACGAGGUACCUCAAAUAGAUCUAGGCAAUAUAAAACGACGUCACCGACGUCACCUGAAAUUAACGAGCAAGCUGAAAUUAAGGUAUAUGGUCAUACUAACAUCACACACAGACACACGCAAAACACACACACACACACACUUCAUCGACUUCACAGUCCUGGCAGAGAUUUUGGAGGCGCGGGCGGGCGUGGGCACUGGAUCUAGGACUGGAUUUGCAUGGGGAAGAGAAUGUCAGUCAGUUGGAGUUUUGCUUGAGUUUUCGGGCUCGAGUUUGCCAAAAAAUAAGAAGUCAUGCCUCACCUGCUCACUCUCCACGCCACUAAAAAACACUGCCCAAUUUCGAGGUCGGGAAGUUUUGAAGUUCUUUUAGUUGUGCCCCCCAUGAAGCGGCCCUCCAGCCAUGAUGAGUGCCCAACAACACCUACGGACCGCGUUCGGCCAAGCGUGUUCCCUAGCCCCAAAGCCUCUCAGAGACGGACCAUUCAGCCAGAUCUUGUGGACGGAAAAGAAAACACCCAGUCAGAGGAAAUGGUGGUCUUGCACUUUGUGUCGCGGACCUCAAGCAAUAGUUUUCCCUCCCUGGCAAAAAUCCAUUGUGCUUGCUGAGCUGGCUCUUGAUCUUUGUACGAACGACCAAACUUAUUGCUGGUGAACACGAACAAAAAUUGUGUGAACCACAAAAGACCCACUGCAAUCGCUCCAGUUCCACUAGCCAGAGCCUUCUCGCGCGCAGGUGGACACGUGGCUUCAGCUUUGGUCGCCCCUGGCUGGCCAGCGUGUUGGCUGGCUGGGGGCGUUAGGGCACAACGACGUCACCAUAAUUUCGUAAUUUCGACGACGUCACUAAAUUCAGUUUUUGAAUUUAACGAAAUUAACCGACGACCCAGGAAUUAUUUUAUAUUGCCCAGAUAGAUCCAAAUAGGCAACACACAGCACAUGCAGAGAAAAGCACUUGCACUCUGCAUAGGGGGCGAGCCCAAACAGCAACGGCUGUUUGGUUUUUCUUUGUGUAGGCUGAACAUACGCCCCGGUGUUCUGUGGCAACCCAUCACUUCUGAAUGUUGACAGGCCGGCGGGCCGGUGUUUCCCAGUAAUUGGUUGAGGCAGAGUGGGAGCGCCACGAUGCCAUGCAGCUGGGCCUUCAGGAUGAUGAGCUUUUUGCAGAACUCUUGUCGGCCAUAGAAGAGGCCAUCCCUGAGCUUGAUCAGAAAGGGCUCUCCAGAGUUCUCAUGGGCUUGGGUGACACUCACGAAGAUCUGCCUUUUGGACACUCAACGACUCCACAGGAACACCUUCAACGGCUGUUCUCACUUGUGGAGGCUGCCUGUGCUAAGCUGCUUUCCGAUUGGGAAGCUCCUGCAGCAUCACUGGAUGACAGGGAUUUGGGAUUUCCUUUGUUUGCACUGUCCCGGCUGGGAAUUUACAACCAGGAGGUCUUUGACACUGCAUCAAGGCUGCUAACUUCAAAGUUAAGUGGACAGCCACCUUUGCCAGUGCAGGGUUUGAGGCAGUGGCUGCUUGCCUGCAACAGCUUGAGCCAUUCCCUGACGCAGCACGCAGAGGCCAUUACAGCAUAUGAGCCGCCACAGCCGUGGACUAGCGAAGAGGAUAGCCGACUGCAUCAGAUGGCUGGUGCCUUGGCUCAUUUGCCUGAUCCAAACCCACUACUGGCCAACGUUCUACAAGAGGUCAUCCGCAGGCCAGCAUCCCAACUACGUUCCAGCAAAGCUGUUGCCCUAUACGGCUUACAGGUGGUUCGGCUUUUGAUCGAAGCAGGCUGUGUGCCAAGCACGGUUUCAUUCCCUGCAGAGCUUGGCAGAGAAUUGGACCACUCUCUGGAACAAAAAUCAAAGGUCGUUCGCCGUUGCUCCCAUCUGGAAAACAAGGUUGGACAUGUUUUGACCAAUUGCGGCUUCGAGCCACGACAUGAUGUGGUGCCGCGUGCGGGCCUCUCUGCAGACUUCUUCUGUCACUGGGAGGCCAAAAAGAUCAGCUUCUUCUUGGAGGUGGAUGGACCGAGCCACUUCUGCGUGCGGCCCUUUUGGCGUCGUCGCGGGCGAGCUGUACUGAAACAACGGGUCUUCGCCUCGCAGGGGUGGCCCUUGGUGUCGAUCCCCUACUGGAUCGCUGCACCCCCGGGCGCCUAUGCUCGAAGAGGCGGUCCCCGAAAGAUGCCAAGCUUGGAGCUGAACGAAGAGGAAGUGAAACAAACCAUCGCAGAACAAUUAGACACCUGGAGCUCAUCGAACCCUCCACAUGUGAGGCAAUGGUGGGCAGAGAGCGUGUCUGGCCAAAAGGCCACAGCCUUGACCCUUCUGUUUGACCGACCACUCCCACCUAGCGCUCCAGCCGUGGCGGCGGCGUUGGGGGCUUGUGGAAAGAGUGGAGCCUGGCAGCAUGCAGUAUCCUGCCUGGAGAGCGUCGAGGCCGGCAAAGGUGAGCUGAAUGCAACUAGCUUUGGAAUUGCAGUGAAUGCAUGCGCUCGAAAUGAUGAGGUCAAUGCAUCGCUUUCCCUCCUACGUAGAGCGCACUCUCGUGACUUGGAGCCUGGUUUGCUAGCCUACACCUCAUUCCUCUCUGCGUGUGGAAGAACCCUGAGCUGGGAGACAGCCGUCAUGAUGAUGAGAAUGAUGAAGGACCGAAGCCUUCAACCAGAUGCCGUGUGCAUCAACGCAGCUCUGUCAUCUCUGGGGGCUUCUGGGCAGUGGCACCUUGCAUUACAUGUUUUUGAUGAAGUUAAGCGAAUGGCACAGUUGGCUUUGAGCAGAGGAUCGCCUGCAGCACGUCUUCUUGAUGUGGGUGUGGUGAACACAGCCGCAAAUGCUUGUGAGAGGUCGUCUCAAUGGCGCACUGCACUCAAACUCUUUCACGAGCUUUGCUCCAGAUCCAUGGGUCUUGGAAUCAGACCAGACACAGUCACUUUCAACGUUGCCAUCUCCAGUUGGGGACAAGGUCUACACUGGAAGCAUGCCUUGAAGAUUCUGGCCCACAUGCGAUAUUGGGAGAAGAUGCCAGACGAAGUGACUUACUCCUCAGCCAUCAGUGCAUGUGAGCGAUCCCUCCAAUGGAUGCAUGCGCUGGCACUGCUCGACAUGAUGAGGUGCCAGGCGCUUCCCCCCAACCUCCUGUGCUAUGGUGCGGCGGUGGGCGCAGGUGAUUGGAGGUUUGCCUUCCAACUAUUGGAGGCGAUCAAGACAGAGCGGUUAGAGCCUACCACCAUUUGCUUCAAUGCGGUUGGAGCCUCCCAGUCCGGGUAGUUUUGGGGUCAGAUGUGCAUCACCAGGGCGGACUCAAAAUGGAGGUAAGGCACACUUUGCAGGUUUGCGGUGAGAAAAGAAG